GUGAACCUGCGCCUGAACCCGCCCUGUUUUUUAGCAGGACUUUAAAAGGAGUCAGAUUUUUUUGUCACAUACUUGUCAAGGGAGAAGCACAUUUGAGAACAACAACACGGAGAAGAGUCCUAACACUGAUUUCUGGAAAUGCUCACACAUCGAAACCUGUGCACUCUGUGGCUUCUGCUAAUUCUCCAUGGGUCUGGAAAUGCAAUGAGAUUUAACCUGUUCAGAAAACCCCCUCCGCUGCAGGACGGCGACAUUAGGCUAUCCGGCUCGGGUAGAGCUUCAGAGGGCCGUGUGGAAGUCUACCACGAGGGGAAAUGGGGAACUAUUUGUGACGAUGGCUGGGACAUGGCCGAGGCCAAGGUGGUGUGUCGCCAGCUCGAAUUCCCCGGAGCCAAAUCGGUUGUCAAUGGGCAUGACUACGGAAAAGCAUCUGGACCUAUUUGGCUGGACGAUAUUGACUGCAAAGGCACAGAGAACUAUCUGUCAACUUGUGCUUUCAAAGGCUGGGGACUAACCGACUGCUCCCACAAGGAGGAUGUAGGAGUUAUUUGUGACGCUGAUGGCACAAAUACGACCAUCGAUGAUUCUAUCCACCCGCUGGACCACAGCAUCAGUUUGUCUGAUGAGCUCGGCCAAAUCUUUGACAGUAGGAAGAGCUGUGAUUUCCACAUCGUAGCCCAGAGUGCUACUGGAAACCGAAAAGAGGACGGGACCCCGGAGAUUGUUGAGACAGACAUUUGUGCACACAAAUUGAUCGUGUCACAGUUUCCACACUUUAAUGCUUCAGAGGAGAGCACAAGUGUCACAGUCAGCAUCAGCGAGUCUUGCCAACCAUAUUUCACCUCCCUCAUCAGGUAUAUUUACACUCGAAAGAUCGAUGUGAGCUUCACCUCUGCGCAGUGCUUCCACUGGAUGGCCUCAGAGUUUAGGAUGAAGCAGCUGAUGGAAGACACAGGGCGGCUGUUCACUAAAAUCCUCCCAGAAGAUGCCUCAUUUCAAACCCAGGUGUCCCUCUAUAAGUAUGCAGAAAAGACCGGGGACUUGGUUCUCCAGGAGAACUGUAUUCAGUUUCUGGCCUGGAACUACCAAAACCUGACUGCAUCCCCUGCUUGGACCACCCUCCCUGAUAAGCUUCUUGGGGCCAUUCUAGCCCGCUCAGACCUGGUGGUGCAUGAUGAGUACUUCCUGCUUGAGACAGUUGAGAGCUGGAUCAAAGAGCGGGGCAACUCAAUCAGUUUGGAGACCCAGGUUGACCUGCUGAAUGGCGUUCGUUUCCCCAUGAUCCCUGCCGAGAAAUUGUAUGAUCUGGAGUCAAAGUCUUCUCUCUAUAGCACGUUCACUAAUUUGUACCGUGAAAACAUGUUGAAAGCAUUCCAGUUUAAUUUUCUCCUCUUGAGCAAGCUCCAGUCCAAUUCAAAGUUCAAUGAACAAUACGAUGAUUACAAGCCAAGGAUCUACACCUCUGAGGCAUGGAGCACUGUUUUAGGUCCAUUAAAUCUGGUCCAAAACCGCAUUAGAUCUUCAAACAGAAGAAAUGGUUAUAACUCUUAUGCAUAUCCUACUUCCAGUCCAUAUGCUAAAACCACUACAUCAUUCACCACAUCUGUCCACAACAGCCUGAUCCUCAAGGACAAACGUGCGAACUGGCAGGCAACCGUCUUCAAGGAGCAACGUGAUUGUUCUAACUGGGGCAUUAGGUGCGAGUCGGUUCCAGCAGUACGGCUGGUUGGCAGCUACAACCAGCAAAGCAACAUCCUCUUCCGUAACCGGCUUCUGCUGAUGUGUCAAGGCAAGUAUAUCUGUCAGGUUCAGGACUUUAAGGAGAAUGUGGCUUAUAUCCCUAAGGGAAAUGAGACCCAAACUGCCUACCCCUGUCCUGAUGACCAGUACGUAUAUCACUUUGUAGUGAGACCAGAGUAUGUCUGAUCCAGUAAGAGGUAAAGCUUGAAUGAUUCUCACAUCUAAUCAAUGUGUCUGCAUAUCACUCAAAAAUUAGAGUGAUACUCUUUCUAUAUAUUUUUUUACAAUAUAGCAAAGAGUAGUGUUUAAAAAAUAGAUUGAUUAUCAUGAGGCUACAGAUGCGCUGCUCAAAAUAUUAAGGAGCUGUGUCAACUAACUCUUCUUUUCUUUAAUGCCAUGACAGCCCCCACUGACAACAAUUUCAAGGUGCUUCUCACCGGCACUUCUGCUUCCGAUAGUAGUAACCAGUCAAGUCUCUUUUAAAAUGCUCUUUAUGCUUGAUAUUGGCUCAUUUGAGAGAAAAUGCGCAAAAAAACAGCAUAAGUUAACACAGCCCCUGCUGCAAAAAAUAUAAGUCAAAAAAGUUUAUCAAUGUAACAAGGGAUGUCAUGUGAUUUGUUUUUUUAUCCAGAUUUUUCAUGUUCUUUAAUGAAAAUGAAUUGUUUUGCAUUAUUAAAUCGUCCAUAUUUACAAUGUAAAACAAUUCCUAUGAGUGUCUUGAUUUGUGAUUUAAAUAAAUGCAAUGAAAUAUACUUUAUGAUCUCCACCUUUAGAUGUAUUUCUCAAAUAAAUGCUGCAAUGCUACACCAGUGUGGUCUGAAAGCAUGACUUAGAAUUAGAAGACGGCUCCGAACUGCUCAUUCUUUGAAAUGCAGAGUUCAUCUUUUUAUUUUUCAAGGGAUACACUAUAAAACAUAAAGAAAUAUGCAGAAGUGCAUAAACAAAAUGUCCAGAUGUGUUAUGAGAAAGGAGAGGCCAUAGUGACUAAUCUCAAACGCAGCUAUGAAAGGUUCCUUUGGCGAAUACAUGGCAUUGUAAAUAUUGGGUAAAUUUGUUGAGUCAUUUACUAAGAGUAUGUAUCAUGUGGCUUUCUUUACAUAUAAUGUAUCCUCGCUUGCUUUUAUGAAAAUUUUCAUCAAUAAAGUGAUUUCCAAAUCA